AUGGACAUCCUCGACGUGGCUUCAUCAGAGUUGUAUACUCUCGUCCGGUCUCUGGUGACAUCGCCAGUCUGCCAAGGUGUCCUUUUCAGCCUUUUGACCUGGCGGCUAUGGCGCUUCACCAUCAGUCCUACCCUCCAGCCUGAAGAUCCCAAGGAGGCUCCGUAUUGGAUCCCAUGUAUAAAUCAGCUAGGCAACACAAGGGAACCAUUCGCACUCACCCUUGCGGGGAAAACUAUGUACAUCAUUGCAGACCCGAAAGAUGCGGCAGAGCUCAUUCGAAACUCGCACAGUCUGUCUACGCUCACGACAGAACUGUAUACGAGGAUGGGGAUUCCACAGGCUGUUAUUGAACGGCUGUUCACCGUUUAUCCAGACGCACCGUUUAACGCGCGGAGCAAUGCUCGUCCCGUGCACGCGACAGACGCAAUGAUUGAGAUGUACCGCGCGCAUCUGUCUCCGGGUGCCCAGCUGGAUGAGUUCUUGGAGCGGGAUGUCACAAAGCGUAUUUUGAAUGCGUUCGCGAAGAUUCCUGGCCUGUUUAACAAGGGCAUCGUAGGCGCAUACUACGGAGACCUCAUCUUCAGCCUCAACCCAGGAUUCAUUGCGCAGUUUAUGGUUUGGGAGAAGGUGAAUUGGAAACUACUCUUUGGGCUGCCAAGUUUUCUGAGUGGCGACAUGCUCGCUGCUAGGAAAGGGCUGGUCGAUGGCUUCGUUGCAUACUUUGCUCUUCCACGUGCGGAGCGCGGGCACGAGAAUUAUUGGGUAAAAGGCGUGGAGGACUCCCUGCGGUGGCUGAAUGUCAGCAAUGAAGAUAUUGCGAGGAUAUUUAUGCUUCAGACCUGGGCGAUCCUAGGCAACAUGUACAAAAUGACAUUCUGGCUUGUCGCGCAUAUUCUGCACGACGCGGCCCUCGUUAACGCCAUAACCGCUGAGGUCCGGCCGGCAAUCGAGAUCGACCACCACUAUCUCUCAGAACAGUGUCCCAAGCUGGACUCGCUCUUCAGCGAGGUUCUGCGGCUGACCUUGACGGCCCCGAUGGCGCGCGAUGUAUCUGAAACAACGACCGUUGGGGGCCGGCGACUACGUGAAGGGAACAGGGUUCUGGUCCUCUACCGCCAACUCCACCUCGACCGUGCAACAUGGGGUCCAACACCGCAAACGCUCCAGCCUGACCGUUUUUUAAUCGACAGUGGGCUCAAGUCCAGCAUCGCAUACCGGCCGUGGGGUGCAGGAAAGCAUAUUUGCCCCGGGAGGUUCUUGGCAAGAAGCGCAGUUUUUACGUUUGUUGCAUAUUUGCUUGCCGGGUUCGAAGUUCGUUUGCGGGAGACUGGGACUGGGAAGAGCACCAGGAGUGCUUUCCCAAUGGCAGAUAUGUCGAGGCCGUCGCCCGGAAUCGCAAACAUCGCGGAUGGGGAGGAUGUCUUGAUAAGUGUGAUACGGAGGGAUAGGUCUUCGUAA